AUGAUUUUUGGGAUGAGCUCUCAUGUGACAAGCCGAGAGCACGGUGAAUGGCCUCAUGGUGCAAUUGGGCAGCCAAGGAAUACUGUAUAUUCGCCGACACAUCAGAAUCCAACAAGUGAGUUUACUUACUGAGUUCGAACAGUGGGUGAUAAGGUUUUUGAUAAUUUUUUCAGACACUAAGAAUCUUUAAAAAAAAUCUAGAAUAAGAAUCUUUGAAGAAUCAAGAUUUAGAGAAAAAUCAAACAGAAACAAAAAUAGUGAUCUAAAGAAUCUGAAAAAUUUUCCAAGUGUCACCUUUUUUUGAAAAUAAUCCAAAUGUCAAAGGUCACGUAUUCACGUAAUAUUUUUUCUAGUUCUAAUACGAUUUUCUUUUUUUUUGGAACUAUUUUCACUUGAUCUAGAAAAACAAUCAUUCUGUUACCAAGAAAAUCACAGAACAUAUCGGAUGAAAAAUUUUAAUCCAUAGAUUCCGAAAAAAUAUUCCAAAUAUCCUAUUUUUUCGAAAUGAGCCAAAUGUCAAAGGUCACGUUUUGACGUAUUAUUUUUUCACAUUUCUUUUUUUUCAGGAACUCCUCAAUCUAUGCCACUUUAUAGUCGUCAUUCAAUAUACUCGUCAACCCCAAAAUGUCCCUCAACAAAUAUCGGAACUGUACAAAAUUCUUAUACUUCUUCUCAAUUCUGUCAAUAUUUAAAAGAUAAUCAGAAAGAAAAUAAAGAAAAUAUUGCAAAAAUUGAAAACUCGAACAGAUCGAAGAAAACAUAUGGAGAGGUACGGUAGUUUAUAGAACUUUUUUAAGAUGAAAAUGUUGUUUUUUUUUAGAAUCGCCGACGUCUUCGAAUAGAAGAUUUUACUGAUGCUUUCAGAAGAAAACAAAUGGAAUUAUUUGUGAAUGUUAAAUUGGGAAAUGGAAAUUAUAGCAAAGUUUAUAAAGCGCAUGAUUUGAAAAUGAAUCGAAUGGUAAUUUCAUUUUUUUUUUGAAUAAGGUUUUAUCCUUUUACAAAAUCUUAUUUUCAGGUGGCUGUAAAAGCAAUUGAUAAGUUUGAUUUGAGUGAUGAUGUUCGCAAUAAAUUUUUGCCUCGCGAAAUUUCUUGUUGGAAAAAAUUACGAUACAAAUAUAUUGUUGCAAUGCAUGCUCAAUAUGAAUCUGGAAAUAUGAUAUUUUUAACAAUGGAAUACGGUAUGCAUGGAAACCUUUUGCAUUAUGUUCAAAAAUUUGGGGCGCUUGAGGAAAGAUUGGCUGGAAAAUAUAUGUCGCAAUUGAUCAAAGCAUUGAAAUAUAUGCAUUCGGUGAGCAAAUAACAAUUUCAAAGAUGAAUAUAUUGUCUGACCCAAAAUUUUUUGAAAAAUUAAUAUUCUUUUUUUUCAGAAAUCGAUUGCUCAUCGCGAUAUCAAACUUGAAAAUAUAAUUAUGUUUGAUAAUUGUAUCAAACUCUCAGAUUUCGGAUUUGUUCGCCAUGUUGAACCCAAUAGUUUAUCCAACACAUUUUGUGGAUCAAAAUCAUAUUCGCCUCCCGAAUUACUUCGCGGACAAAAUUAUAAUCCAUUAUUAUCGGAUGUUUGGUCAGCAGGAGUUGUUGGUUUUGUGAUGGUGACAGAUCGUAUGCCUUUUAAUGAGACAUUAAAUAACAGUAUUAUUGUUGAACAUCAAAGGUAUUUUUGUUCUGAGAUUGUUUCAAAAAAUUGCUAUUUUCAGAAAUCGUAGCUACCGUUUUCCAAGCAAAUUGAACUUGUCACCAGAUUGUAUCAAUUCAAUUGAAACAAUGUUAACAUUUGAAGCAAAUAAUAGACCAACAAGUGAGCAAUGUCUUUGUCUUCCUUGGAUUCAUCCACAUUUAAUUUCUAUGUAG